AACUUUGCUGCUUGCCGCGCAUCCCGGGCUCGGCUCCGUCUCCGCUCGUUAACGUCGCCACCCCCGGGCUCUGCACACCUCUCCCCACCCACCCAGCCACCCUCGGUUCCUCCUCGCCGCCUCGACUCCGCUCCGGGAAAAACUUCAGAGCGCAGGAUCGCAGGUUCCCUGCCUACUCCCCGACUGGGGAUUUCAGACUAGACGCUUGAAGCAAAGCUGCCAUCCAAGAAGACGACAUGCUUUCAGCAACCCCCCUGUAUGGGAACGUUCACAGCUGGAUGAACAGCGAGAGGGUCCGCAUGUGUGGGACAAGUGAAGACAGGAAAAUUCCUGUAAAUGAUGGUGACGCUUCAAAAGCCAGACUGGAACUGAGGGAAGAGAAUCCCUUGAACCACAACGUGGUGGACUCAAGUACCGCCCAUCGCAUUGAUGGCCUGGCAUCACUGAGCAUGGACCGCACGGGCCUCAUCCGGGAAGGGAUCCGGGUCCCGGGAAACAUCGUCUAUUCCAGCUUGUGUGGACUGGGCUCAGAGAAAAGCCGGGAGGCUGCCACGAGCACUCUUGGUGGCCUUGGCUUCUCUUCUGAAAGAAACCCAGAGAUGCAGUUCAAACCGACUACACCUGAGACAGUGGAGGCUUCUGCUGUCUCUGGAAAACCCCCAAAUGGCUUUAGUGCUAUAUACAAAACACCGCCUGGAAUACAAAAAAGUGCUGUGGCCACAGCUGAAACCCUGGGCUUGGACAGGGCUGCCGGCGACAAACAGAGCCCUCUCAACAUCAAUGGUGCUAGUUACCUGCGGCUGCCCUGGGUCAAUCCUUACAUGGAAGGGGCUACGCCAGCCAUCUAUCCUUUCCUUGACUCGCCAAAUAAGUAUUCACUGAACAUGUACAAGGCCUUGCUACCUCAGCAGUCCUACAGCUUGGCCCAGCCACUGUAUUCUCCAGUCUGCACCAACGGGGAACGCUUCCUCUACUUGCCGCCCCCUCACUACGUCAGUCCCCACAUCCCAUCUUCCCUGGCUUCGCCCAUGAGGCUCUCUACGCCUUCAGCCUCCCCAGCCAUCCCACCUCUUGUCCAUUGCGCAGACAAAAGCCUCCCAUGGAAGAUGGGCGUCAGCCCUGGGAACCCGGUUGACUCCCACACCUACCCCCACAUCCAGAACAGUAAACAGCCUAGAGUGCCCUCCGCCAAGGCAGUCUCCAGUGGCCUACCCGGGGACACAGCUCUCUUGUUGCCCCCCUCUCCUCGGCCCUCGCCCCGCGUGCACCUUCCCACCCAGCCCACCGCAGACACCUACUCAGAGUUCCACAAGCACUAUGCCCGGAUCUCCACUUCCCCCUCCGUCACGCUGUCCAAGCCAUACAUGACGGUCAGCAGCGAGUUCCCGGUGGCCAGGCUGUCCAAUGGCAAGUAUUCCAAAGGUGCAGAAGCAGGAGAAAGUGCCCCACCAGUGCCCGGGCAUCCCCGGAAGGCAACAGUUCAAGACAGAAAAGAUGGGGGUUCGCCGCCUCUGUUGGAGAAGCAGACUGUUACCAAAGAUGUCACAGAUAAGCCACUAGACUUGUCUUCUAAAGUGGUGGAUGUAGAUGCUUCCAAAGCUGACCACAUGACAAAGAUGGCUCCCACCGUCCUGGUUCACGGCAGGGCUGGCAGUAGCUUAGUGCUCUCUGGAAGUGAGAUUCCGAAAGAAACAUUGUCUCCUCCGGGAAAUGGCUGUGCUAUCUAUAGAUCUGAAAUCAUUAGCACUGCUCCCUCGUCCUGGGUGGUGCCUGGGCCAAGUCCCAACGAAGAGAACAAUGGCAAAAGCAUGUCACUGAAGAACAAGGCGCUGGACUGGGCCAUACCUCAGCAGCGGAGUUCCUCAUGUCCCCGCAUGGGUGGCACAGAUGCUGUGAUCACUAACAUUUCAGGGUCAGUGUCAAGUGCAGGCCGCCCCGCCUCUGCCUCGCCAGCCCCCAAUGCCAACACAGAUGGCACCAAGACCAGCAGGAGCUCCGUGGACACCACGCCAUCCGUCAUUCAGCAUGUGGGGCAGCCCCCAACCACGCCUGCCAAGCACAGUGGCAGUACCAGCAGCAAGGGCACCAAAGCCAGCAACCCAGAGCAGAGUUUCAAAGCAAAUGAGAAUGGCCUCCCACCAAGCUCAAUAUUUCUGUCUCCAAAUGAGGCAUUCAGGUCCCCACCAAUUCCCUACCCCAGGAGUUACCUCCCUUACCCAGCGCCUGAGGGCAUCGCCAUAAGUCCCCUCUCUUUACAUGGCAAAGGACCUGUCUACCCUCACCCAGUGUUGUUACCCAAUGGCAGUCUGUUUCCUGGGCACCUUGCCCCAAAGCCUGGCCUACCCUAUGGGCUGCCCACGGGCCGGCCAGAGUUUGUGACCUACCAAGACGCCCUGGGGUUGGGCAUGGUGCAUCCCAUGUUGAUUCCACACACGCCCAUAGAGAUCACUAAAGAGGAGAAACCAGAGAGGCGGUCCCGGUCCCACGAGAGAGCCCGCUACGAGGACCCCACCCUCCGCAAUCGGUUUUCUGAGAUGCUGGAAGCUAGCAGCACCAAGUUACACCCAGAAGUCCCUGCUGACAAGAACCUGAAGCCGAAUCCCAGCUGGAAUCAAGGGAAAACUGUUGUCAAAAGUGACAAGCUUGUCUACGUAGACCUUCUCCGAGAUGAAUCAGAUAAUAAAACUGAGGCUAGCGUGUCCAAAUCCAGCUUCACCACUGAGGGUGUGGCCCAGAACGCUGAGUCUGCCAAGCCCCCAACAGACCCCACGCUGCAGCAACACCGAGAUUUCGUCACUCACCGAGAGGAGUUGGGGCGCAUCAGUGACUUCCACGAAGCUUACCCUUUCAAACAGCCUUCAGGCCAGCCAGUCUUCUGCUCGAGCAAGGACAGUGUCCCAGCAGGAGCCAACAAAGAGAACCUAGGGGUGCCAGUGGCAACUCCUUUCCUGGAGCAAACUAUGGGGAGCGAUGGCCCCGCUGGAACUUUUGGUAAAACCCAAGAGGAUCCCAAACCAUUUUGUGUGGGCGGUGCCCCUCCGAGUGUGGACAUCUCCCCCACCUAUACCAAAGAUGGAGCCGAUGAGGCUGAAUCAAAUGAUGGCAAAGUUCUGAAACCGAAGCCGUCUAAGCUGGCAAAGAGAAUUGCAAACUCAGCGGGUUACGUGGGUGACCGAUUCAAGUGUGUCACUACGGAACUGUAUGCAGAUUCCAGUCAGCUCAGCCGGGAGCAACGGGCAUUGCAGAUGGAAGGAUUACAAGAGGACAGUAUUUUAUGUCUACCCGCUGCUUACUGUGAGCGUGCAAUGAUGCGCUUCUCAGAGUUGGAGAUGAAAGAGAGAGAAGGUGGCCACCCAGCAACCAAAGACUCCGAGGUGUGCAAAUUCAACCCAGCUGACUGGGAAAGGUUGAAAGGAAAUCAGGACAAAAAGCCAAAGUCGGUCGCCCUGGAGGAGGCCAUUGCUGACCAGAAUGACAGUGAGAGAUGCGAGUACAGUGCUGGAAACAAACAUGAUCCCUUUGAAGCCCCAGAGGAGAAAGAUCUUCCUGUGGAGAAGUACUUCGUGGAGCGGCAGCCUGCGAGCGAGCCGCCCGCCGAGCAGGAGGCGGCUGCAGACAUGCUGUACAGCCCCACCCUCCGGCUGGACAGGAAGCGCAAAGUCUCAGGUGACAGCAGCCACACUGAGACCACUGUGGAAGAGCUACCAGAGGAUCCUCUGCUGAAAGCCAAGCGAAGACGGGUCUCUAAAGAUGACUGGCCUGAGAGGGAAAUGACAAACAGUUCCUCUAACCACUUAGAAGACCCACAUUAUAGUGAGCUGACCAACCUGAAGGUGUGCAUUGAAUUAACAGGGCUCCAUCCUAAAAAACAACGCCACUUGCUGCACCUUAGAGAACGGUGGGAGCAGCAGGUGUCAGCCGCAGAGAGCAAACCUGGCCGCCAAAGCAGGAAGGAAGUGGCCCAGGCAGUUCAGCCUGAGGUCACAGCCCAGGGGAAUAACACUACUGAGGAGAAAGCCACCAGCAGGAAAAAGGCAGAGUCCAAAGGCAACAGAGGCUGGUCAGAAGAGUCCUUCAAAUCCAGUGACAAUGAACAAGGCUUGCCUGUGUUCGCCGGCUCUCCGCCCAUGAAGAGCCUUUCAUCCACCAAUGCAAGCGGCAAAAAGCAGACUCAGCCAAGCUGCACGCCAGCCUCAAGGCAGCCUGCCAAACAGCAGAAAAUUAAAGAAAGCCAGAAGACAGAUGUGCUGUGCACAGACGAGGAAGAGGACUGCCAGGCUGCCUCCUUGCCGCAGAAAUACACUGACAGCAGCGAGAAGCCAUCCGGGAAGAGACUGUGCAAAACCAAGCACUUGUUACCUCAGGAGCCCAGGCGCAGCUUGUCGCUGACAGGGGACUACUAUGUGGAGAACACUGACGGCAAGGUAACUGUCCGGAGAUUCCGAAAGCGGCCUGAGCCCAUUUCGGACUACGAUCUGUCACCGGCCAAGCAGGAGCCAAAGCCCUUCGACCGCUUACAGCAGUUGGUACCAGCCUCCCAGUCCACGCAGCUGCCACAGGCAAAUUCCCCUCAAGAGGCUACCCAGUCCCGCCCCAUGCCACCCGAAGCCCGGAGACUUAUUGUCAAUAAGAACGCUGGUGAGACCUUACUGCAGCGAGCGGCCCGGCUCGGCUACGAGGAAGUGGUCUUAUACUGCCUGGAGAACAAGAUUAGUGAUGUCAAUCAUCGUGACAAUGCAGGUUACUGUGCCCUACACGAGGCUUGUGCUAGGGGAUGGCUCAACAUCGUUCGACACCUCCUCGAGUAUGGCGCUGAUGUCAACUGCAGUGCCCAAGAUGGAACCAGGCCUCUACAUGAUGCUGUAGAGAACGACCACUUGGAAAUUGUCCGCUUGCUGCUUUCCUAUGGUGCUGAUCCUACUUUGGCUACAUACUCAGGUAGAACCAUCAUGAAAAUGACACACAGCGAGCUUAUGGAAAAGUUUUUAACAGAUUAUUUAAAUGACCUACAGGGUCGCAGUGACGAUGACUCCGGUGGCUCUUGGGAGUUCUAUGGCAGCUCUGUGUGCGAGCCAGAUGAUGAAAGUGGAUAUGAGGUUUUAGCAAAUCCCCCGGGACCAGAAGACCAGGAUGAUGACGAUGACUCCUACAGCGAUAUGUUCGAAUUUGAGUUUUCUGAAAGCCCCCUUUUGCCGUGUUAUAACAUCCAAGUGUCCGUCGCUCAAGGGCCGAGAAACUGGCUACUGCUCUCAGACGUGCUUAAAAAAUUAAAAAUGUCCUCCCGAAUAUUCCGCUGCAAUUUUCCCAACGUGGAAAUUGUCACCAUCGCAGAGGCAGAGUUGUACCGGCAAGUUUCUGCAAGCCUCUUGUUCUCCUGCUCCAAAGACCUGGAGGCCUUCAACCCUGAAAGCAAGGAGCUGUUGGACCUGGUGGAGUUCACCAAUGAGCUGCAGACACUGCUUGGCUCCUCGGUGGAGUGGCUGCAUCCCAGCGACAUGGUCUCAGAUGACUACUGGUGAGCGCUGGAGCCACUGUACAGUGUGUUAUAGUGUUAAUCCUUGUGCAUAUGUGUCAUAACACGACUAUUUCUGUAAAGAAAGGACACUAUUACAUAUGAAAAAAUCUCUUCUUUAUAUAAGAGAAAUUACUCCAGUCAGAAGGACUUAGAAACCUGUUCAUUUCUUUUUAAACUUUUAAGUCAGUUUUUACGAACUUGUAAUGUUUCUUUACUUUUUAAUUCACACAUGCUUUGAGAUAUGUAUGUUUGUUUUUACUUGGAACAUGUCUUUCUUUUCUGUUCAUUUUUAAGGAGAAAAAAAGAAAAGGAGCUCCACACUUUGACUCAAUUUCAUACAAAGCUCUGGUGACAGAGGCCAUAACUGUAAUGUGUGGUCAGAAGCGUGUGGUUGGUUUGGGGGAGCGAAUUCGGUGAAGGCACUUGGUGAUGAUGUAACUUUAUGUUUUGUUUACAGAGUACCUGCUUGGGCCAGGUAGAUGCUACUGGAUGUAAUCCAGUGGUGUGUAAUAUAAAUUCAAACCAUAUCCACACACAACAACUAAUUGUAUGAAACUUUUAUAUCCUAAUUUAAAAGCUGUGAAAUUAGUUUCACGCAUCAAACCGGAUUGUUUAUAUGUUUAAACAUUUUAUGCUCUUAUUUAAAGAAGACUGAGCUAUUUUUUCCGUAUCCUGUAAAAUAUUGAAAACUAACAUAAUAUGUUGAGGUUGCUUGAAAAUGUACAUAAAACUAAAAUUUUCUGAAUUGUGUGUUUAUGUUUGAAAUCUGUGUUUUAACUUUGUAAGUAAAUUCUCUGCCUUUGUAUUUAUAUUUUACAAAAAUUUUCUUAAAAGGCAAUAAACCUGUUGAAGA